AUGAAGGAAUUUAUCGCCGCUGCAAGAGCAGAGUUUGAGACCUUAAAAAGGAAAGGCACGUUCGAAUUCGUCCCAAAACCUGAGAAUACACAGAUAUUACCACUAACAUGGGUCUUCAAAUAUAAAUUCGACAAAUAUGGCAAGCUUUCCAAGUUCAAAGCACGAAUUUGCAUACGUGGUGACCUCCAGGAGCCCAAUGAGCUCGCUACAAGGGCUGCAACGCUGGCCUCAAGAAAUUUCCGUACGAUGAUGUCGCUCGCCGCCGUAUUUGACCUAGAAAUCGUGCAAUAUGACGCCGUGAAUGCCUUCGUCAACAGCGAAUUAGAUGAGGACGUUUACACAUAUUUUCCGGAUGGCUUCAAAGAACCUGGACAGGCCAUAAAAUUGAAGCGAGCGCUCUACAGACUACGCAGAAGCCCAAGGUUGUAG